AUGUCGGGUGCACGGGUGAAGCGCGUAGCCGUUAUUGGUGCUGGGCCCGCAGGCGCCAUCGCCGUUGAUGCUCUGGCGCGGGAAAAGGCAUUUGACGUGAUCCGCAUGUUUGAGCGGCGCGAAGGGCCGGGAGGGUGCUGGAUUGGCGACGCAGCGCCCCCGCCCAAGCUCCGCAACCUCGCGGCGCUCGCAGACGGCAGCGCCGACCGGCCGCUGGCGAUCCCGGCGACGCUGCCGGCGCAGACGCCCGCGGCGGCGCGCACUGACGAAGAGCGGCAGCCGCGCUUCGCCGAGUCGUCCGUGUACCCGUACCUCGAGACCAACGUCGAGGACCUCACCAUGGAGUUCAGCCAGGAGCCGAUCCCGGCGGAGCGCAGCGCGCUGGGCGUCGCGCUGCACGGGCCUGACACGCCGUUCCGCCCCUGGCAGGUCCUGCGCCGCUACGUGCAGUCGCUGCUCGAGCGCAGCGGCUACCCGGACCUCGUCGCCUACGGCACCUGGGUCGAGCGCGUCGAGAAGGUUGGCGCCGAGUGGAAGGUCACACUGCGCAAGCCAGGUGUCGCGACUGACUACUGGUGGGUCGAGUGGUUCGAUGCUGUUGUUGUUGCCAAUGGUCAUUACUGGGUCCCGUACGUCCCGCACAUUGAGGGUUUGGACGAGUUUGAAAAGGCGCGCCCGGGCAGCGUGCUGCACAGCAAGCACUUUCGGGGGAGGCAGCAGUUUAGGGACAAGCGGGUCGUGGUAGUCGGCGCCUCCGUGUCGGCCGCAGACAUCGCCGUGGACCUGGCGCACAGCAAGACAGCACAAAGCCCAGUGCACGCCAUCACGAUCGGGCACACCGCCAACGGCUACUUCGGCGACGAAGCAUUCAAGCACCCGCAGAUCCGCGAGCACCCGUCGAUCGCGCGCGUCGACGCGGCGACGCGCACCGUGCACCUCAUCGACGGCCAGAGCAUCGCCGACGUCGACCACAUCGUCUUCGGGACGGGCUACACGUGGUCGCUGCCGUUCCUGCCGCAGGUGCCCGUGCGCCACGGCCGCGUGCCCGGCCUGUACCAGCACGUCGUGUGGCACGCGGACCCGACGCUGGCGUUCGUCGGCGCCGUCGCCGCUGGCCUAACCUUCAAGAUCUUCGAGUGGCAGGCCGUCCUCGCCGCGCGCGUGCUGGCGGGCCGCGCGAGCCUGCCGUCUGCUGCCGAGAUGCGCGCGUGGGAGGACGACCGCGCCAGGGCCCGCGGCGACGGCAUCAAGUUCUGCGUCGUCAACCCGGACUUUGAGGAGUACUUUGAGACGGUGCGGCGGCUAGCGGGCGAGGGACAGGAAGGGGUGGGCAGGAAACUGCCAGAGUUCAGGCAAGAGUGGCUGGUGUCGUUUAAUAGGGGGCAUGAACGGCGCAAGGCCAUGUGGAAGCGCCUCAAUGCGGAGGCCAGGGCGGAGGAACUGCUGGGGAGCAGUGUGAAAGCCGUCGCACGGCUGUGA